GCGCUUUCUGGAUGCGGCUGCUAGGCUGCUAGCCUGAAAGUUCGUGUUUACCGGAUAUUACUUUGAGCGCAAUCGGUGUCUCCGCAAUGGUUUCGUGUUCUUCUAUAGAAAUCUUUAUGCGAUUGUGAUUUGACAUAUGGACAUGAACGGUGCCGACUCUUACGCGAAGAACGAUGAAAGCGACGCGCAGUCAUUUGCGUUCAAGUUGCAGCUGAUGAACAUCGGCGAGUUUGGUAGUGAGGAGUUAUCCCUUGAUGCUGUCCGGAAACUUCACCGUCAAGUGCAGUACGCCAGAGUGCCCGGCGUUAUUUCUGCACCUUGUGAGAGCUUGCUGUUGAAUCAUUUUGCUGAGAAAGGAAACAGCCAUGUGGACAGCUUGGAUGGCCUCAACAACUUCUCGAGUGCUGUUACCCACUCUGCACAGACCUCAAAAAACUAUGCUGACCAGUGGCACUCGCAGCUUGUGAAUUUAAGUGAUGAGGAGCUUUUAGGAUUCCUGCCCCACAGCCUCAGCAAUGACCAACCUGGAAGGGGUGAUGCCAGAGAUGAAUAUGAAGUAUUUAUCGAAAUGAUGAACCGAAAGCCCCUUGCACCGAAAAGGUCAGGCAGCAUGCUGGGCAGGUGCGAGCCUUCCAGACCUUUGAGAGAAGUGCAAGCGGUCAACACAGCGGAGUUGCCACUGAGAAACAAACCGUUGAAUGGCACAGCUCCAUUUUCAAAUUUUUCUGCUGAAAGUUCCGGACGAAAUGUCGGGGAAUCUCGGUACAAGAGCAGUGUUCAUCAGGAGGGAAAACCAAGCCCACGAGGAAGCGUGCCAUCCAGUGUUCCCACCUUUCUCACAGCCAGGGAGCAAUUGCAAUUUGAGCAGCAGCAGAAGACCAAUGGAGGGCCGGCUCGUAGUUGUAGCACUAAAACCCUGGGAGGAAAGAGAACCCUGACCAGCAAAUUUGUGCAGCCCUUGCUCCGAUCAAAUGGAAACAAUGCCGCUAGCUCUCCUAGUGCAUCCAGCGUUGAGAACGGCACCGGUUUGGAGGAGUGUGAGGCACUUAAAAAUAUAGACGCUAAGCUGAUUGAGCUCGUCAAAAGUGAGAUAAUGGACAAUGGCCCAGGUGUUCACUGGGAUGAUAUAGCAGGACUGGAGUUCGCCAAGCAGAGUGUCAAGGAAAUGGUGGUUUGGCCAAUGUUGAGACCUGACAUCUUCACAGGUCUGAGGCAGCCUCCCAAGGGACUGCUUCUGUUUGGCCCUCCGGGCACCGGAAAGACACUGAUAGGAAAAUGUAUUGCCUCCCAGGCCGGAGCAACAUUCUUCUGCAUAAGUGCCUCUUCCCUGACAUCAAAAUGGGUUGGGGAAGGAGAGAAGAUGGUGCGAGCACUGUUUGCCGUAGCAAGGAGUUGCCAGCCCGCUGUAGUAUUCAUAGACGAGAUUGACUCCCUUCUCUCACAACGCUCUGAAACAGAGCACGAGUCCUCGCGGCGCAUCAAGACGGAGUUCCUCGUGCAGUUGGAUGGAGCCAGUACGAAAGGAGAUGAGCGGCUUCUCAUCGUGGGGGCCACAAACAGGCCUAAGGAGCUUGACGAGGCAGCCAGGCGGCGCCUGGCAAAGCGUUUGUACAUUCCUCUGCCCGAAAAAGCAGCCCGGCGGCAGAUGGUGUGUCGCCUCCUGGCUCAGGUGAAGCACUGCCUCAGUGACGAGGACACUGACACCGUGGCAUCGCUGACCCAGGGCUAUUCAGGGGCAGACAUGGCCCAGCUCUGCAAGGAGGCUGCCUUGGGGCCCAUCCGGAGCCUCAGCUUCGAGACCCUUCAGCACAUCACAGAACAGCAGGUUCGUCCAGUGGCAUUCAAAGACUUUGAAGAAGCGCUGUGUCAAGUGAGAGCUAGCGUGUCCCAAGACGACCUCCACGGUUACGUCGAGUGGAACUCAAUGUACGGCAGCACACCAGCAGUUCCAGUGACCGACUAGACUGUGUGCACAAGUGACAUCAGUUAUUUUAAGUUGGCAAUUGUUUUUGUCUGUACAUAAAUAUAUACAAAUAAAGACAGGAUGUUCC